ACAUUCUCCUCUCUCUCUCUCCCUCUCUCAUCCAUUUCAAUUCUCUCUCUUGACACAGCUACAAGACAAGCCACCUCCUCCCUCCCUCCUCUACUGAACCAAGAAGAGGAGAGAGAAAGUAGAGGAGAGGGAGACAAGCAGACAGACAGAAUUGCCUGCCAAGAAACGAGAUACACACACAUCUAGAGAGAGAAAGUAGAGAGAGAUCAAGAACAAGAACAAGAUCAAGAAGAGGAGAUCUGUGGCGAUGGGGAUGAGGCCGGGUUGGGUAGGCGGGCUGGUGGAGGAGAGCUUCUUCGUGGGUUGCCCAGCGCACGAGAGCCGGAAGAAGAACGAGAAGAACAUCUUCUGCCUCGCCUGCUGCACCAGCAUCUGCCCUCACUGCGCCCCCUCCCAUCGCCACCACCCUCUCCUCCAGGUGCGGCGGUACGUGUACAAUGACGUCGUCCGCCUCGGCGACCUCGAGAAGCUCAUCGAAUGCUCCUACGUCCAGCCGUACACGAUCAACAGCGCGAAGGUGAUAUUCCUGAAGCCGAGGCCGCAGUCGAGGCCGUUCAAGGGGUCAGGCAAUGUGUGCCUCACCUGCGACCGCAUCCUGCAGGAGCCCUUCCACUUCUGCUCCCUCUCCUGCAAGGUGGACCACGUCAUGGUCCACGGUGGCGGCGACCUCUCCAACAUCAUCCUCCUCCACCCCCACCACCACCCCAACACCGCCACCGCCUCGGCCUUCCCCCGUUUCGAGGACCUCCGUGUCGGCGCUGACGAUGAUGCUGCCGCUAUCACCGCCGUCACGCCAGAAGGACGUUAUGGUGGCGGCGGUGGUGGGUCUAGUGAUAAUGGCGGCGGUGAUGGCGGUGGCGGCGAGGUGGGGGAGGUGAAGAGGAAGAAGAAGAAGGGGGGAGGGUUCUUCCCCCAGAUUCUGGGGCUGGGGAGUAGGAGGAAGGGUGCACCCCACAGAUCACCCCUGUCCUAAGCCUAAUCACCACUUUGCCCCCCUAGCUACAUAUAUGUGCCAUUAAUAGCAGCUAGCUGUUAAUUAAUUACUAGUAGUAGCUAAGCUAGCCCCUAGCUGUACUAGCUAGUUCUAGCUUUUAGUGUGUCAUGUCAUUAUAGCCCUAUGAUUAGCCAUGUAGAGAGAGAUGAGUGUGUGUGUUAAUUUGUGUGUUGGUUGGUUGGUUGGAUGGGUUCUUUGGGAGGUAGGGGCUUUUGUUUGUGUGAUCUAGCUUAGCUUAAGGUUAAUUAGCUUAGCUAGGGCCACUUCCAAGCUAAUAGGCACUUAGGCAGUGUUUUGAUGGGAGACAGAGAGGGAGGGAGAAAGAGAGGAAAAAAGCAAGCAAUUCUCCUACUGUUACAGGCCUAGGUAGCUGAGUCACAGGUAUGUGGGGCCCAGGUUGCAUGGCUUCCCCUACAUGAUAGUGUGUGGCUACCAAUUUUGUACUUGAUGUAACAGCAGGGUUACUUGCAUACACUUCCAUAACCACAUAUAUAAUUAAUUAAUAUCGUUCCUCA